AUGGCACACUACCAGUCACAGAAUGAAGAGAAAGGCGGGAUUUCCCGGAGAAAACGCAAUGUGUUGUUUCCCAGUGGAGUUAAACUUUGUGCGCAAGAAACUGUGGAGCAAGCUAUUGCAAAUCACCUGGAUUACUUUCACCUGCGAGUGUGCCAGGAGACAGUGUGGGAGGCCUUCAAGAUCUUCUGGGACCGUCUGCCAGAGCGUAACGAGUACCAGGACUGGAUGACCAUGUGCCGAGAGGGCAGAGCCAGCACCCUCGAUAUAGGCACCAAUUUUAGCCAGUCCUCAGAACACAUGGCCCUGGUGCACAGGAGGAUGCCACUGUCUGGGUCAAAUAGUGAGGCUUCCAACUCCUGGCUACGUAUGUGCAGUCUCCAGACAACAGCUGCUCCUUCAGAGCCUGAUGCUGCCACCACCCAGAAAGAAAAGAUUCUGUGGCCUGAGACAUUUACUGUGGGGCUCACCCCAGAGGCCACCCAGGAAGUCAGCAUUGGGGAGGAAGCCACUACGCCAGUCAUUCAGGAAGUCACCUUGGGAGAGGUGCAUGAAGUCACUUUGGCAGUUACUCCGCAAACCAUGGCUGUGAGGACAGUGGCUGGUCAGGACACUGCAGGCAAGGUGGAGGAAGACACUGUCAGCAAGACAGAAAGGGCAUUCUCUAAGAUUACUAAUGAAAUCGAAUUGGACAUCUUGACAAGGCCAACCUGGUCACUGAGGGAACAGAUGGUGGAGCUGAGCAUUCAGUUAAAGGGUGAAGUUUACAGUGAUGCCUUGAAAGACCCAUUCAGUUUCUACUACCAGCGUCUGGCACAGCAGUUCAUUGAGAAGAUUGAAGACGCUUUUGAAAGACUGCCAGGCUUCAAGAAUGUUGCUGUACUUGAAUUCAGACCUCAGAGGGAUGCUAAAGGAGACAGUGUUGUGGUGGUCCACUAUGUUGUGACCCUUGAAGUGGAUGGGGGAAUCAGCAAAGAGACCCUGGACUACAUCAACCUGCAGUCCAACCUGGUGGGGAAUUCAUACCAUGAGGUGGACGAACGGCCCACUGUGGUCUACACCAUCACUGACUUCCGUAACUACAUCACUGAAGCUCUGCACAAGGAGAACUUUAUUGGCAACACCACCCUGGCCGUGGACCCGAACACUCUACAGCUGGAGAAUGUGGAGUCUUUGGUACCUCCUGAAUCCUCCAUUCCCAGCAAGUCAGCUGAUGAUAUGGACAAUAUUCUAACUGCAGAGAACCAGCUGAAUCUGCCAGGACAGGACCUGAACAACAAUGACAUGUUCAACAGUGGCUUCAACAAGGACGACUUCCUGAUUGACUCCAUCCACUCCUCUGACCCAUGGAUGGGGUCUCAAGAGGUGGAGGCCAGUGAGAAUGAUGUCAUCAUCCUGGAUGAAAGUCCAGCUGUGCCCCCUCCAGUGUUUCCUGAUGGGACAUUUGGUGUGAAUCUGGAAUCCACCCCAAUAUCUGAAAAUACCCCUUCUAUGCCCAUCGAUGAUAAUAAUAGAGACCUUGAAGAAGAGGGACUUCUAUAUGGCAACAAAGUGGUUACCACAAUCAAAGCCACAGACAGCCUGGAGGGGGGUAAAAUUGCCAUAGAAAUUACCCCUGGAGCUGGGAUCACUGAUAUUGCAGGUCCAACUCCAGAGCCACCUGGUGACCAGGGUGAGAAGUCUGCACUGCAUUUGUUUGACACUGGGUCCGGAUCAGGUUUGGCUGGUGAGGAAUUGGGACCCCUGUUGCCCGUGGCGGAAACUGUAGAAGAUGGUCCAGUAUCAGAUGGGGAUGUAGAGCAGAUAGAGGAAGAGAAGGAGGAAGAGGAUGGGGUCAGGACUGAAACUUCUUCCAAAUAUCCAGUGAACUCCAGUGAUGGACCACAUUUGCAGGGCAAUUUUGAGUCUGUUAAUGAACCGCUCGAUGAGUCACUUGCACCCAGCCAGGUGGAUCUGAACGUUGGCUCUGACCUGGACACAAACACACCCGUGUCUUUGGAGCCCCCUUCCAAUGGAGACGACGAGGGUGUCCAGAUCUUGGAAAUGGAGGAAGGUGUGGUUACCUUGGUAACAGAGGGCCCCUCUGUGGAGAUUUCAGAGGAGGAAAGGGCUAAAGAUGAAAUCCUAGUGGUCAGCCCAACAAUGACAGGACCUCCAGUCCCAGAGACCCAAAACACUGCCUCCCCAGAGGAGUCACCUUUUACACUAGUCACUGAUUUUGUGCCUGAGAUCACCCCUCAAGCUUCUUCUUCCAUACCACACUCACCUGCAGUUGAACUCAGACUCACCACUCAGUCUCCAUUUUACCAGCCCACCUUGAGACCUACAGAAGACUUGUUUGGUGCCAAAGUGCCAUCCAGUGAGGAGGGAGAGCUCAUUAGAAUAACCCUUAAGCCUGCCUUCAUUGACCCCACCAUGCCCAAUGAUCAGGGGAACCAAGACGGCAAGACACAAGCCCCAGGAGACCCUUCUGUGAUAGACUUGGAUCACUCUUUUGACGUGCCCUACUAUGGCGGGCCGGGCUCCACAGGGGGGGAAGGCAGCAGUGGCACUGACAUGGCCAGUGUGGCCAAGGCCAAUAAUGGGAGCUCCUUAGGCCGUGCCCUGAUGGUGUUCUUCAGCCUUAGAGUCACCAACAUGAUGUUCUCAGAGGACCUCUUUAACAAGAGCUCGCCUGAGUACAAAGCACUGGAACAGAGGUUUCUGGAGCUGCUCGUGCCUUACCUGCAAUCCAACCUCAGCAACUUCCAGAACCUGGAGAUCCUCAACUUCAGGAAUGGGAGCAUUGUGGUGAACAGCAGGAUGAAGUUUGGCAAGCCCGUGCCACAUGGUGUCACCAAUUCUGUCUACCUCAUCCUGGAAGACUUCUGUAAUACAGCUUACCAGACCAUGAACCUCGCCAUUGAUAAGUACUCGUUGGAUGUUGAGUCAGGUGAACAGGCUGACCCAUGUAAAUUCCAGGCCUGUAAUGAGUUCUCUGAAUGCACAGUCAACCGCUGGUCAGGCGAAGCGGAGUGCGUGUGCAAUGCAGGGUACUUCAGCGUGGACGGCCUGCCCUGCCAGAGCGUGUGUGACCUGAGGCUGGACUUCUGCAUGAACGACGGGAAGUGUGACAUCAUCCCUGGCCAGGGUGCCAUCUGCAGGUGUCGGGUGGGGGAAAAUUGGUGGUACCGGGGAGAGCACUGUGAGGAAUAUGUGUCCGAGCCGUUAGUGGUGGGCAUCGCCAUUGCCUCGGUGGCUGGGUUCCUGCUUGUUGCUUCCGGGGUUAUCUUCUUCUUGGCCAGGACUCUACGAGACCAGUAUGACAAGGAUGAGACAGAGGAUCCUAUUCGGCGUGGGGACAGUAUGCUGUCCUUGGAGAGAGCAACUAAGUACAACCCCAUGUACGAGAGUGACAUCACCACAGGUUACAGUCAUUACUACCGGCGUUACCCAGAGAUGCCGUGCUACAGCAGUGCUAGUGCUGAAGCCUCCACUGACUUCAGCAGUGAGGAGAUCCGGCACAUCUAUGAGAACAGCGAGCUCACCAGAGAGGAAAUUCAGGAUCGGAUACGAAUAAUUGAGCUGUACGCUAAGGACCGGCAAUUUGCAGAUUUUGUUAGACAGCACCAAGUGAGCUUGGAUAUUCAACGUGAGAGUUCCUCAACAUAGAACUUCUGGAAAUGGAGCCUGUAGAUUUGGAUGACAAGAAAUGCGCCUUCAUCUUUGAAGAGAAGAUAAGAGAGAAAAUCUCCUUUGUGUGUCACCACCAUCUAUGGCCAUGACAGUUAGAACAGGCAUUGGGGGGCAUUAUAAUUUAGAGUGUUGGGGUAUGGCUGAUUUACAUUAUUGUAACAACCAUUCUCUUUUUAUUGUUUACUUCAAGUCAUUCAUUGUUCAUUCACAAAGUGACAGAAACAGGCCAUUCAGCCCAUCCAGGCUCACCAUUUACCUACAAACGCACACACAUAUACAAACGUACACUUACCUCAGCUGUGUCACGUGUGAUGCCCCACCUCUCCCAGCCUGUCUUCCUUUCUUUGUCAGUGCCUUCACUUGGUACAGAACAUUCUGUUGAUGAAGAUGCUGUGGAAUGGUCAGCCUCUCACAGGACAUUCCAAGAAUUUUUCAGGACCCCCAGGAUUGUCUACCCUUUUUGAGAAAGCCCUCUUCUCCCAAGGGGAUACAUUUCAUGGCACAGGACUGGUUGCACCUGGAAUCUUAAUGACUGCUGUAUUUUACUUUAUCUUAUUUUAUAUUUUACUAGUUAGGUGAAAUUCAUUCAGCUCGUUUUGCCGGUACAAAGGAAUGAACACAAUUAUCAAUCAGAAGUGAUAUACGGAUAUUCUCAUUCAUUAUAGAGUGGUUGAGAAGUGAAUUUGGC